AUGGUAGAUGCAGAGGCUAUUACUUUGACCAAGGGACUCCCUGCCCUUCAGACCGCGCUUCCAUUCAUUGUAGGCUGCGGCUCGGGCAUGGUCGCCACAACAUGCGUGCAGCCCAUUGACACGAUCAAGGUCCGGCUGCAGCUCGCCGAUAGGAGCGUGCUCCGGGUCACGGCCUGGAGUAUUACCCGUGACAUGAUGGCUGAAGGUGGCGUCUUGAAGAUGUAUCAGGGCCUCUCCGCUGCGAUCAUGCGUUCGCUGGUGUACGGCACAAUGAGGCUGGGUCUGUUCUCGACCUUCGAGAAGGAAUUGGCGAGGAGAGCUCGCCAGAGAGACACGACCUUGUCUUUUGGCGAACGAUCGCUCGCUGGCGUUGGAGCUGGAGCACUGGCAGCGGUAGUUGGCAAUCCGACUGAGGUCAUCCUGAUUCGAAUGCAGGCCGACGGACUCAAGCCCUUGAGCCAGCAAGCGAGGUACUCAUCUGCCAUUGACGCCCUGCGACGCAUUGCUAGCCAAGAGGGCAUCCUCUCUCUCUGGAAAGGCGCAGGCCCGACCCUCAUCCGCGCAAUGUCUAUCAACUUCGGCCAGCUCACUUCCUUCUCGGAGGCUAAGAAUCAGCUGCAGGAGCACACCACCCUAUCGCCUCCGGUGCGCACAGCGUUGGCCGCUGGUAUCGCUGGCUGCUUGGGUGCUUUCAUUAGCCAGCCUUUCGACUUUGUCAAGACUCGUCUGCAGAACCAAGCCAAACCCUCCUCCGUUGUUGGACCUGGCUCUGGGGAGCCCCUCUACAAGGGUACUUUCGACUGCCUUUCCAAGGUCAUGCGUAAGGAGGGCUUUUUCAGGCUGUAUCAGGACAUCCUGCCCUACUUCAUGAGAAUCGGUCCCCAUUCGUAA